AUGUCGUCCUUCGACUCCUUCCCCAACGACGACGAAACCCACCACGACCCCACCACCCGCCCCUUCGACGACGACGGCUACAUAGGCUACGACCCACGCCUCUCCUCCCAGCGCUACGACGCGUCGUUCAACCCUCCCACCCACGACGACGACGACUUCUCCUCUUCCGCCGUCGACCCGGCGCCACCUCCCCUCCACACUGAUUUCCAAGACCACGUCGUUCUCCCCGGCGGCGGAGGCUACAACAGCAGCCAUAGCAUUGACCAGCAGUCGCCCGAAAUCUACGGCUUCGGCAUUUCCACCCCUAACCCCGACUACGUGUCGCCGUUUGAUUCGGCGGUGCCCGAGGACAAUAACGUAGGCGGUAUGGGCGGUGAUGGUGGUGGUGGUGGCGGCGGCGACGAUGGGGACAUUUUCGCCUCGUGUGAGCCGGUGCUGCCUCCGCCGGAGGAGAUGCGAGAGGAAGGCUUUGCCCGGCGCGAGUGGCGUCGUCUAAAUGUCAUCCAUCUUGAAGAAAAGGAGCAAAGAGAAAGGGAGAUGCGGAACCAGAUUAUUGAGGAAGCUGAGGAAUUUAAACGAGCUUUUUAUGAGAAACGGAAGCUCAAUUGUGAAACUAACAAGGCUCACAACAGAGAAAGGGAGAAGCUUUACCUGGUCAACCAAGAGAAGUUCCACAAAGAAGCUGACAAACAUUAUUGGAAAGCAAUAGCGGAGCUGAUUCCUCGUGAGGUCCCUAAUAUUGAGAAGAAGAGAGGGAAGAAAGAUCCUGAUAAGAAGCCUUCAGUGCUGAUCAUCCAGGGUCCAAAACCUGGGAAACCAACUGAUCUUUCAAGGAUGCGGCAAAUUUUCAUUAAGCUGAAACAGAACCCUCCACCGCACAUGAUGCCUCCUCCCCCACCUGCCAAAGAUGGUAAGGAUUCCAAGGAAGGAAAGGAUGCAAAGGAUUCCAAGGAAGGAAAGGAUGCGAAGGAUUCCAAGGAAGGAAAGGAUGCGAAAGAUGCAAAGGAAGGAAACGAUGCCAAGGGAGGAGAGGAUGCAAAGGAUUCCAAGGAUGCAAAUGAUUCAAAGGAUUCCAAGGAAGGAAAGGAUGCCAAGAAUGGAAAAACUAAUUCACCCAUUGCAGCGGGUGCUGCAGCUGCAAUCGCACCUGUUUCACCUGCCAAAGAUGUUACUGCUAAUACCACUCCCAACUCAUCAAAAGCAGAGACUCCGGCUGAACACGAGGGUGAGCAACCUGCAGAAACCAGGCCAACCCCUGCAGAGUGA